GUUUGUUUGUGUGAAAUCAAACCUCAAAUGGAGAGCCAAAUGUUGAGGAAUGAAGGCACCACUUUCUUUCGAACAUGCCUCAAUGCAAUUAAUGUAUUAUCUGGUGUGGGAUUGAUAUCAAUACCUUUCGCCCUUUCACAAGGAGGUUGGACCAGCUUAAUAGCUCUCUUCAUUCUCGCUAUCAUAUGCUAUUUCAUGGGUAUACUUCUCCAUCGAUGCAUGGAGGUAAAGCCCCAAAUCAAAACAUACCCCGACAUUGGAGCAUUAGCCUUUGGAAAAAUGGGAAGAGUAAUAGUUUCAAUCUUUGUUUAUCUCGAAUUAUAUUUGUUUGCUGUUGAUUUGUUGAUAUUAGGAGGAGAUAGUUUAGAGAAGCUUUUUCCAAAUUGGGGUUUGAAAGUUGGGGCUUUGAGAGUUGAUGGAAGGAAGACAUAUAUGAUGCUUACGGCGUUGCUUAUAUUGCCAACCACAUGGGUUAAGAGCUUUGGAGCUUUGGCUUAUGUUUCUUUUGGUGGGCUGUUGGCUUCGAUUGUUCUUGUUGGCUGUGUGGUGUGGGCGGGUGUAGCUGACCAUGUUGGGUUCCAACAAAGAGGUGUUGUUUUUAGAUUGCGAGGGUUUCCCACUGCCAUUAGCUUAUACACGUUUUGUUAUUGUGCUCAUGUUGUUUUCCCAACUCUUCGAUCUUCCAUGACGAAGAAAGCCCAUUUUCCAAAGGUUCUAUUGGUUUCCUUCUCAUUAAGCACAUUAACCUAUGGUUUGAUGGCAAUUUUGGGGUAUCUAAUGUAUGGACAAACCGUGGAGACACAAAUAACCUUAAGCCUUCCCCAACACAAAAUCAAUACCAAAAUAGCAAUCUUUACCACUCUCAUCUAUCCUCUUUCAAAAUAUGCUUCCAUAAUAUACCCGAUUGCCCAAGCCAUUGAAGAUGCAUCUCCCCUAUGUGCCACCCGCUUGAUGUCAAUUAUCAUAAGAACGCUACUCCUUCUCACCACAGUCGUUGUUGCCAUCGCAGUUCCUUUCUUUGCUUAUGUGAUGGCCUUCAUUGGUGCAUUUACAGGCGUUGCCACCACCAUUCUGAUCCCAUGCAUUUGCUACCUCAAGAUUAACGAAGGUUGGCGCAAAUUUGGGUGGGAAUUAAUUGUAAUUGUAUUGAUUAUAGUGGUGGGGGUGUCUGUUGGGCUUGUGGGUACCUAUUCUUCUGUAAAAGAACUCGUGAAACGUUUACGAUGAAAAGAUUUGAAUCUGUAAGA